UCAGUCAGCCGGCGGGCCGCCGGGCGAGCGGGAUGGAAGCGGAAGGCUUGGGCUGGCUUCUGGUCCCGCUGCACCAGCUGGUUUCCUGGGGCGCAGCUGGUGCCAUGGUCUUCGGAGGCGUGGUGCCAUACAUCCCGCAGUACCGGGACAUCCGGCGGACUCAGAACGCCGAGGGCUUCUCCACCUACGUGUGUCUGGUGCUCCUGGUGGCCAAUAUCUUACGGAUACUCUUCUGGUUCGGGAGGCGCUUCGAGUCACCACUGCUCUGGCAGAGCGUCGUCAUGAUCCUGACCAUGCUGCUCAUGCUGAAGCUCUGCACCGAGGUCCGCGUGGCCAAUGAGCUGAACCUGAAACGCCGGGUCUUUUCAGCUGCAGAUAAUAAAGAUGGAGAAGUCAGAGUCCCCCCCGGGCAGUCUUUUCUGGACUUCGACCCCCACCACUUCUGGCACUGGAGCAGCUUUGCAGACUACGUGCAGUGUGUCCUGGCCUUCACUGGCGUGGCGGGCUACGUCACCUACCUGUCCAUUGACUCGGCCCUCUUUGUGGAGACCCUGGGCUUCCUGGCCGUGCUGACCGAGGCCAUGCUGGGUGUGCCGCAGCUCUACCGCAACCACCGCCACCAGUCCACGGAGGGCAUGAGCAUCAAGAUGGUCCUCAUGUGGACGAGCGGCGACACCUUCAAGACGGCCUACUUCCUGCUGAACGGGGCGCCCCUGCAGUUCUCAGUGUGUGGGCUGCUGCAGGUACUGGUGGACCUGGCCAUCCUGGGGCAGGCCUACGUGUUCACCCGCUACCCUCUGAAGCCAGCCCCCCACGCGGCCCACCCCGCCAGUGCCAAGGCCCUCUGAGGUGGCCAGAGGAUGAGGAUGCGGGACCAGGGCUUCUGGCCCGGCCACCUGUGCCCCACAUGGGCAGUGGGCACCGCAGCCCCAAGGCAGGCCUGGCCGUGGGGGACUCACCUGGCCUCUGGCUCUUGGGUAUGGUGGGGCCUGGGGGCCAACGCUGCGCUCUGCCGCCCAGGACUCCACAAGCAGGUCUCCCCAGGUGGGGCUGCCGCGCUCUCAAGCUAACGGAAAGCAGGCCUCUCUUCCACUUCAGCUCAGGACACAACUGGGGAACCUGGGGCGCCCCGCGGGACACGGGACCUCUGGGAACCUCCAGGUCUUGGGCCCCGGGGCCCUGAUGUGGCAGGUGGGGGGGCCUGCAGCCAGGCCAGGGGGUCUCAGGAGGGGCGAGAUGAGGUGGGAGUGAGAAACAGCACCGGGGAGCCCGGAUCCCUGUCCGAGGGGCCCGCGGUCUCAGGCCGGCUGGGGUGAUGCACCGCAGCGUCAGGCUCAGCCAUGUGGGACGCAGGGCUCCGGCUUCCUCACUCCAGGUUGGCACCUUUCCAGGCCCUGGUGGCCUUGCUGCUCCACCAGCCCCUUCUGGUGAGGCUUCUGUGGACUCAAUCGCGUCUGGCCAGGCUCUGGCUGGCGUGGGCCCGGGGUGUUGGGAGGGGGGCCUGGGUGCUGGUGGGCCCAAGGCGCACCCAGGAAGGCUGGGGGCCCAGGUCCGGGGUUGGGCUGCCCCAGGCAUCCCUUCCCUCUGGGAAUCGUGCCCUUGCAGACACAGCCCAAGGCGUCCGUCUUCCAGGCCUGGAGGCGCCUGUGGGUCAGGGCAGGGGGCGGCGGGGCAGGCUUCUCAAUGCUGUGCAGAGGCCCCGCUGCUGCCCCCACCUUCUGCGCAGCCCUCUGCAUCUGUUGUGUCUGACAUUGGCCCUCUUCAGUCUACACAGGCAUCUCAGCCUCCCAGGCGAGUGUUCUAGACACUUCUGCAGGCUUCCCACAGGUACUUCCCCUCCUGCUGGGCGGAGGGCCUGUGGGGUCCACGUUCCCUGGGCUGCUACCAAAGCACCCGCGUUUGUGUGGUGGGUGGAAGGCAUGCGAAGCCGUCUCCUCCUCCUGACUUUUCCUCAAAAGCUCCUGAAUGUUUGAGGAUCCCGUGCAGCUCUCUGGCCUGCAAAAUGCUCUGAAAAUGUUUAUUUUUUAAAAUGAAAGGAGAUGUCUGUCACCGGGUGCGGCGGUGCCGUGCGUGCCCCUUGUGGGAGCCCUGUGGUCCUGUCAGGGUGACUUUAACUCAAUAAACUG